AUGAAGUUUUUCAUUGUUUGUGCCUUGUUUUUCGUGGCUACACUCGCUUCGCCUGUGCCACAGGGAAACUCAGACAACAACUACAUGUUCAAGUAUUUUGUAAAAGAAGAACCUGUUGGUAACAACUUUGGACAUCGAGAAAUGCGAAUUGGAAAUCAAGUUACUGGCAUGUACUAUGUGUUGCUGCCAGAUGGUAGAAUUCAGAAAGUAGACUACGUCGCUGAUGAAAAUGGCUACAGACCAACAGUUACCUAUUUAAACCCUUAUUAA